AUGCACGCCCUCACUAUCCUCUCCGCCCUUCUAGCCACCGCCGCCGCCCUCCCCAAGCUCACCGAACGGGCCAGCAACUGGGUCCCGGCCCCAAACUCCACAGUGACGUGCACCCAAUCCGACAAAGUCAUAUCCUUUGUGGUUGGUCCACAGGAAGAAACAGUUCUCAACGAUGCCUGCGCCGAAAUGAUGCCGCCUUGCGCCUACUCUGAACGUCUCAACGACACCAACAUCGCGUGCUCCCAGACCAUUUCCUGGGAGCUCCGCGGACCCAAGACUUCAACCCAGAACGCGAAUGUUGAGAUGCAGGAGAAUGGGAAUAAAUUGAGUGGUUGGGCGGUGAAAUUCUCUGUGACCCCUCCAAAGACAGAUCCCCCCAACCAGAUCAUGUGGAGCAAAUACGACUGCUAUGGUUACUUCGCGCAAAUAGUCGAGCCAAUGGCUCCCCAAGGUUGCCACAACUCGAUGGCAUCAGGUAUCGGCAGUAUCAAGGUCGGAGGGGGCUCCUUAGCAGGCACAAUUUUCAAUAUCGACAUCGUAAAAGGCGAAGCAGACCUUAGCAUUUGA